UGUUUGAACAUUUCAAGAAAAAGUGUAUUUUCCAAUCGAUUUUUUUUGGGCCACCCUAAUGUUCCAUGCCUCGUGUUACUGUCGUAGUUCAUCAAACUUAUGUAGCAUGAUACAUGCUUAUAAAAGAAGAUAAAAAUUAUUGUACUUAAUUCCAACAGGAUGAGAUAUGAUGCAAUAAGAAUGCAUUUUAUAUAAAAGGACCGAACACUUGCAUUAAAAUUAGUUUCGAAGUAAAAAUAAAGCUGUAAAAUGACUAUUCGAAUAACUUUUGUUCGUUUGCUUUUGUCUUUAUUGAAUUUAGUGAACAUUUCGUUUGCAAUGGUUAGCAAUUGUACGUAUUUGAACAACAAUACUGAGUCUGUGCAAAUAACAUGCGGAUUCAUAGUAAGACACGCGCCACCGCUAUUUAUGCAUCAAAGUAACAUACGUGAAUUAUACAGAACACCCAGUGAUUUCGACGCAAUUUAUCCACAAAAUGGUUGCUACUACGAUUUAUUUAAAAGUGCUUUAAAAAAAGAAAACAAACAAAAGAUCAAAGUAAUAAAGGGAUCAUUUUUAUGUGACAUUGAUGACGCUUUACAGUUCGAAAAUGUUUGCGAAUUGGACUUUUCGUCUAUUAGCACAUCCCUGCAGUAUUCAAGUUAUCAAUUUAAAAAUUUAACGAAACUGAAUAUAUCAAAUAAUGAUUUGGGUUCAUUGUUCUUGUGGAUUUUCCAAAAUAUGCCGGAUUUAACAGAACUUGAUGCCUCAUAUAAUAAUAUUAACUAUAUUCGAGGAGCAGUUAUAAAUCAAAAGACAAAGCUAUCAAUAAUGAACAUUUCACAUAAUGAAUUGACCAUUGUAGACGAAAUCACAUUUAUUGGUGUGACAAAGCUAAGAAUUCUGGACUUGAGCUUUAACAAAAUUUCUUCUUUGAAUGCAAACACAUUUGUAUCAAACGUGGAUUUGGAAACACUACUGCUGGGUAAUAAUCCAUUAAACAUGCUUAGUUGCAAUGUAUUUGUACCGUUGAAAAAAUUGAUAACGUUUGAUGUGACAAUGAACGGACUUUCAGUAUUGGAUCUUAGUUGCACGAAUUGCUCAAUGUAUGCUUCAAAAAGUGUAUCCGGUGAAGUUGACAUACGCUUAUCAAAAGUUCAUGAAUUACAUUGCAAAAAAGAGCAUCUGAACAGUUUAGAACAAUUUUGUAUGUCGUUAGGAUAUGGAAUUAAAAACGAGGCGGAAAUAUUUGAAAUACUUCCAUCGUCUUUGCAAACAUUGGAUUUAUUCGCAACGAAUACAACCGAAGUGGACUGUAAUCUUUUUAGUAAAUUCUAUGAUUUGAAGAAUCUCAAUUUAAUGAGUUCGACUUUGAAAAACUUUGGACCAAACACAUUCGUACAUCAAACAAAAAUAACGAGUCUUCUUCUUUCCGGGAACAAUUUGAAAAGUGUAAAUUGUACGUCAUUAUUUAAGCCAUUACAGAGCUUAAAGUCAUUAGGGAUUGCAAACACUCAACUCAAAAAUAUGGCAGAUAUUCUAGAAUCAAUUACAUCAUCAAUUUUAUGGCUUGACUUGUCACAAAAUUACAUUGGAAAAAUCGAUGUAAUGACAUUUCAAAAAUUCAACAAUUUGCAAUAUCUAAAUUUAAGCCGAACAAAUCUAUCGAAUUUUGAAUUUUCGACAUUUUAUCAUCAGACGAAACUACAAACGCUAGAUCUCUCUUAUAAUUACUUGGAAAGUAUCGAUUUUACUUUAUUCGCCGGAAAUUUUCGUCAGUUACGUGAUUUGUUUUUGGAAGGUAACAAUUUACACGAAAUAAACACCAUCAUACCAUCAGUUUUCCCAAUUUUAACCACUUUAGCGAUAUCCAAAAAUCAAUUGCCAUGUAAAUAUGUGGUAAGUUUUUUGAAUUAUUGGAAGCACCUCAAUCUGAUUGAAAAUCCGUCAAAUCAAACAAAUGUUAAAGGUAUUGAUUGCAUAGUCGCUUCAAAUGACACAUCAACAAAAAGCAAAAACAACAUUAUUAUGACACAUUCAAUGCAUCCGCAUACUAUCGUAAAGUACGAAGACUCGAACAUUAUGAAAUAUUCGAUGUUAUUUUUGUGCGCAAUGUGUUGCGUAUAUUUGGUGGUAAAAUCAAAAGUUGUCGUACAAAUUAGAGAGAAACUGGCCAAAAUUUCACUUGAAAAUAAUGGACCUCAUCAGAACCAACAUGGAAUUUCAUCGUCGACAUCAACAUUUGCACUAAUGAACGACGACGUCUUAUAGAAUUGAUGAUUUGAAUUUGAACAUUUUACAAAUUUGUGUAUUAAUAUACAGUGCCGUCAGAAAAUUUGAGACCAAGCUCAUUUUUUUCAUACAAUUUCAUACAAAUUGACGAUUUUUUGGAGCAAUAUUUAAUAUAUUUCGAAAAUAGCUAGACCCAUAAUUUUUUGUACACUUAUUAUUUUAUUCACGGAGAGUAAACUAGUGAAGUUUUGCCAAAAAAUAUC